AUGUCCUGUAAAAUGAACUCACCAACACAACUGACAUCAUACCCCCCUCACACCGGCACAAACAAAUUACGAAAAUAUCAGACCUUCUACGAGAAUCGACCUAACGGACUUGACUCUUUACCGAAUGGCUCUCGCGAAGAAGUCGAAGACGGUUUGAGAUAA